AUGUUUAUUUAGCAAAUAGAAAGCUAACCGGUAGGAAUUCCUAAUCACUAGUUCAUCCGUUCGGCAGGGAGUGUAGAUAAAAACGCAUUUUAGAGUCCGUACCCAUAGCUGGCAUACACAAAGUGACACUGAGAUGAACAAAUCCAAAAUGCGAUUGACGUGGCAACGAGAGCAGAUUAAUAAUCUAUUACUGACAUUCGCUCUGAUUUGUUGUUGCUGCUUGAUCAAAGUUGCCUCAGCCCAAGAGGCGCAACAGCCGUGGUAUGAGAAUCUGCCAGCAGUUGCCAUGGACUAUAAGGUCCACAUAGACGCUGGCAAAGAAGAUUGCUAUCAUCAGUACGUACAGGCGGGGGCCACUUUCUAUGUGUCCUUCAGUGUGGUGCGUGGCGGCGAUGGCAUGGCCGGUUUUGCCGUGCGCAAUCCAGCCAAUGAAGUGGUGAAGCCCUACCAGUGGCAGGCCACGGCGGACUACACUGACCAGGUGUCGCCCGGCGGCUACUACUCCGUCUGCAUUGACAACCAGUUCUCGCGAUUCGCUGGCAAGCUGGUCAACAUUUACAUCACAGUAGUGAAGUACGAUGCCUGGGACAAGUACGCCAAAGAGAUUGAGCAGCUGCAGCUGAACAUGCAAAACUUUACAGCCACCAUCGGUACUGUGGAGCGCAACAUCAACGACAUGAUGGGCUAUCAGGCGCAUAGCCGGCAUCGCGAGGCCCGCGACUAUGCUCUGCUCUUGGAUAAUAACUCCUACAUUCAGACUUUCUCGCUAAGCCAAAUUGUGGUCAUAUUGAUCACAUGCUCCAUUCAGGUUUUCUUCGUGCGAAAGCUGUUUGAUGUGAAAUCUAAUUCAAGGAGUCGCAUUUAGAGAUUCUCGGAUAUGCUGCACAAUGACUUACUCUUUUUUUUUUACCUUCCCAUCCGCACAUUUCCAAUACAUUCAUUCAACAGGAUGAAGGCCGAUUCCCUUCGCAUUUUUGUAAUUAAUUUUAUCACUGGCUAAACAGAACAAGUGCAAACUAGGCAGACUUUUGACGUAUAUAUGAAACUACUUAUGUUAUGUCUUGCAAGUUAUAUACAACAAACUUAUUGUGAUAAGUGUAAAUGAGUGUGUGUUUUGUUCAAUAAAAAUAUUGAAUAAUUUUGUA